AUGGCGUCCCAAAUAGAUGUUGCCGGUCUGUCGCCUGAAGAGAGACGACAAUUAUUGAAAGCUCUGCUUCCGCAUUUCACUGAGGCCGACUUCCAAGAGGUCAAGGAAACCUUCAUGAAGAGGAAGGACUUCCUGUUGUUCAUCCUCCAUGCGAUCGCUUCAUCCGAGGAUGGCGAAGUAUACGCGGAGAUGGAGAGAUUGUUGGAGAACCUACCCUCUCGGUUGAGCCGGCGGCACUUCGACAUAAUUCUCGACCAGAUAGCCGCCGCCUCGUACCAAAUAAAUAGCAGGAAUCUGGAGUUCUUGUGGAGGAUAGUGCUCCAGAGGGUCCUCGAGGACAUCCUCACCGCGGUCCCCACUCGCCUCUUCUGCGUGCAACAAGAGCACGACCUCUGGUAUGCGGCUUAUGCGCUAGCCAACCCUACGUCCCCUCUCGAUCUGCCCGCUCGCGUCAAGCCAGCGCCGGAAUCUGCCGGGAAACCCAGCCGUAUUCCCUUGCGUGUGGGCCGUACACCAGCCGCGGCGUCCUCAAGCCAACUGCUCCCGUCUACCGAGGCACAACCGGCGCCUCCUUUCGAUGCGGGGCGCGUGCAUGACAGCGGCAUCACUGAGAAAGUACCGUUUCUCGCUGAUGUCAAAGAUGACGCCAGAGACAAGACCCUCCAUGUCGACCGCCAGUGCCUGCGUGCCUGCCGCCCCGAUUGCGUGACGUUGUGUCGCAUGUUCCGUCCUGCAAGCGCGCCAGCCGCGAGGAGAAUCAUGUACAAACUGCACGACCACUUCGUGCCUAUCAUCGGGGAGGUUAAGAAGGCUCCGCCACGAAGCGAGGCCAAGAUGGGGCCGAACGACGAGCUCACCGAGCAGGGAAAGCUGGCGACUGAGAAGAUGAUUGCCAAGGCGAAACAGCAGGGGUCGUUCCAAGCCGCUCUCUACCUGAGGACGGAGGCAGGCAAGCGUCAGGAGAGGGUUCGCGUCUUCGCGGUAUGUGGGCAUUACGUUACGUAUACAGACAUACACCGCAACCGCCCGCACAAAGACGUGCCGCUGCAGUUCCUUUGGUCUCUGCUCGUGGAUCUGAAGGAUGAGGAGGAAGCGGAGUCCGUCACGGAGCUUCGGUCGGGCCGCAAGGUGCGGAAGGACUCGGGGCCACCGGACCGAGCCAAGCUCAAGCGCCUCGCUCACAUAUUCGUUGAAGAGUGGUCUCCCCUAAUGUCUCUAUUUGACGCUACGCUCAAGGCUGACACCGCAACGUACCUUAAAGAGUUUCUGCUGGAGAACAACGUCGUGCCCGUUUCGAGUGUGGAUCAAGUCGUUCUUUCUUGA